AUGCUGACUAAGAAGUGGGCGUAUCGGGAUCCGGUGUUCGCUGUAGGGCGUCACACAGUUCCUUUGCUAAGGAAAUUGCGAUACCUGGAACUCCAUCUGGACAUACACCUUACAUUCAGUGGACACUUCACUACUGUUUCGGGGAAGGCGUCUCAGGCAACACUGGCUAUAGGACGGCUCAUGCCCAACCUUGGAGGACCCUCACAGUCCAAGAGAGCGCUGCUAAUGUCAGUGGCACAGAGGAUUGCGGCUCUCAGAGUUACGAGGGCCUACCACACAGUCUCGGCCGAGGCAGCCUUAUUUCUGGCGGGAACUCCUCCGGUUGAUCUUCUUGCUUUGGAACGCAAAAGAGUCCGAAAUAAACUUGACGACCCGGACAGAGCUGACUAA